GAAUGUAUGAUGGAGGAACUAGAGUAUACACAAUUGGGAGAAUCGCUGGUUUCAUUCAAAGGCACUGUGUUUAUCUCUAAAUACCUUCACGGUGGCAUACCUGUGGGACUCAACUACGUGGACAAUUUGAAGAGCUUUCAAAUCAGAGACGAUGAUGUGUUUCUUGUCUCCUUUCCCAAGUCUGGCACCACCUGGAUGCAGUACAUACUCUACAUCCUUUAUGAGGACAGUCAUCCUGAGUCGGAAGACAAUGCAAUACACAACAUUGUGCCUCAUCUUGAGUAUAGAAGCUCAGACUAUAAAUACCGCAGGGAGGCCUCUCGGCUGGUCGCCACUCACCUGCCACAGCAUAUGACCCCACAAGGUCUCCAGAACAACAAAGGCAAAGUCAUUUAUGUUAUGAGGAAUCCCAAAGAUGUUUUAGUGUCAUUCAUUCACUUCUCAAAAGUGGCAAAAGCAUUGGACGAUGUCUCAAACAUAGAUGAGUACUUCGAAGACUUCCUCCUUGGUAAAGUGUUUGGUGGAAGCUGGUUCGAUCACGUGAAGGGCUGGUUUGAGAACAAAAACAAAUACAACAUCCUCUUUCUCAGCUACGAGGAGAUGAAAAUGGACCUGAGAUCCGUGGUGGAGAGGGUCGCUGAGUUUGUAGGGAAGACGCUAACCGAUGAAGACAUUGACAAGGUUGUGGACAGGGCCACUUUCAAGAACAUGAAAAAUGACCCUUUAGCCAACUAUGAGCGAUCUGAUAUGGACCUGGUGUUGGACAGGAAUAAAGGGAAAAUGCUGCGGAAGGGCACCAUCGGAGACUGGAAGAACACCCUGACGGUGGCCCAGAGUGAACGCUUCGACCAGGUCUACCAGGAAAGGAUGAAGGGCAUUCCCCUACACUUCAUCUGGGACAUUAAGGACAUACAGGGAUGAACUGUUUAGUGUGGAGUACCAACAUGUACAUGCACGCGUACGCACACACACACACACACACACUCAGCAUAUGUAGAGCCUCCCUCUACCCUUGAUUUGAGGCAGUGGCUUACUUAGGGUGGCUUACUGAUACUUGCAAAAAUAAAGGCACACCAAUGUAAUAAAAGAUACUACGCAGACACAAACACAUACAACACAGGUGAAAGGGAAAAUGAAAUAGGCACUUUGAAUAUUGCAACACCUAUACACACUGUUGCCUUUGUCUUACAAAGUAACAGUUUGUUUGGAUGCAAUACACUGAAAUAUCUUUCUGCAUUUCAAAAUAUGUGGAAUUGCAUCAGUAAGAAUAGUUCAGCUCGCCCUUACAAUCUGUAUAAAUACAGACACAACACCAAACAGACAAAAACAAGUCUAGCCACAUUAAAAAGCACACCAAUUACAUAUUUACUAUAGUUGGCCUAUGUGUUAAAGCCUUAAUGGGAGAUCAAAGGCAAAACCUGCUGCAAAGAUACACAGUAGAUAUGUCGGGCUAUUCCGUCAUUUUAUUUUUGUUACCGGGCUCAUACGAGAGAAGACUGCUACGCAGGAGAGCGUUUCUCAGAAGCGUAUACGUUGUUAGCCAGUUAGCAAUUUAGGUAGUUGCCAAUGGGAAAUUGCAUAGCAAACAACAAAGUAGGUAAUGUAGUCAACAACUAGGUUUCGAGAAAUUCCCUGAGAAUUGGGGGAAAAAGUUCAUAGUGGAGAUGGUGCACAACAUGUAAUAAGCCUUCAAACAGCCUUUUAUUGAAGAAUGUUAAAGGUACAUUGUGUAAGAUUUUCAGUUAGGCUAUUUAUUUCCAGAAUUCAUGCUACCCGUUCACUAAUGUUACCUUUUUCAUGAAUACUUACCACCACAAUCAAAUUCUAAGUAUUCAUUAUGACUGGAAAAAUUGCACUUUUCAUACAUGAAAAGGAUUAUUCUCCAGGUUCGACAUUUUGAAUUUCCAGAAAUAACCAUUUUUAACUGCGAAAAAUGACUUUACUUGGGCCAUACUAGAAAAUACUUUUCAUGAAAAGAUCAAAUUUGGCAAUAGGCAACACAGUUUCAAUGAGCAGCAUAGUUGCAUUACCUUUUUUGACCAUUUCCUGCACAGUGUACCUUUAAGCAUUUUGGAGAAUUGGUCCCCUUUGCAGUGCUGAUUUACUGGGACUAAAAAUGGUCUACGUCAUUUGCCUGACAUUUUACCCAAAACCCGAAAAAUAUAUUUAUAUAUUUGAAGAGCUCUUUUCCAAAACGCUAUAUCCACCAUUUUUUGACUUUUUGCAUUUUAAUAUUGGAAUUGGAAUUGGAAUUCAAAUGUUUUCAGAACAUACUUUUUAAACCUCUAUAAAAUGCAUUUUGCAAUGCAAUUCAAUGGAAUGCCCAAUACAAAAAUGUCAAUUUCCCAACAUUCUAUAAAAUGGAUAUAUCUCAUUUUGGAAAAGAGCUCUUCAUUUUACAUUUUACAGUGGUGGCCAGGGUUGGAAUGCCCUCAAUGACAUCAGAACUCUGCGAUGUAUAUCUGUGUGAUUUCUCAUUCAUCCCACACAGGUCGUAGUACUUAUGGUGUUCCAAAUGUGUGGGGUUUUUUUUUAAAUGUACAUUUUGAAAUCAAUGUUGCAAAUGGGAUAAUUGUCUGAAUGUUAACACCCAUAACCAAUUUGAUAUAACUGUGGCUUAGUGGUUCAGAUCCUGGCGCCCCAUCAUUGGGAAACCCUGUGCUGAAGAAGAUAUAACUAACUCUGAAAUUGUCUUCAAACCUCCCCCCAAAAAGUCCAGAUUGGCCUGCUUAGUUUCUUUCACCAAGCAAACUGCUGAACUCAUGCUGAAGACAACAAGGCACUCUUUGCACUCCCCCCACCCCCCCUCUUUUUU